CGUAACUGGAGGUUGGCCUGUUGUGUGUAUGAGUGUGUGUGUGUCAUUACGGAAAGGGGCGUUACCGACCCUGUCUCUGUGGCCUACAAAAAUGACACAGCAAGAUAAAUUAGUUUGAGUGUUGAUUUCAAUAGUCACUGAAUAGCCUUAUUUUUAAAUGCUCAAAGCGGGUAGUUCUUGCAACAUGGUACAGUCAAGAAGAGAUGUCCGCAUUCUGUUGCUUGGUGAACCUGGUGUUGAGACAUCCUUGAUCUUGUCUCUAGUGAGUGAAGAAUUCCCAGAAGAAGUGCCAGCAAAAUCUGAAGAAAUUACUAUACCUGCUGAUGUCACUCCUGAGAAAGUGCCAACACAUAUUGUGGACUACUCCUCACUGGAGCAGACAGAGGAGCAGCUGCUGGCGGAGCUGCUGCGGGCGCAUGUCAUCUGUGUCAUCUACGCCGUCGACGAUGAGGACACCCUUGACAAGGUGACAGACUACUGGCUGCCGCUGGUGCGCCAGACACUCGGGGAGGGCCACUCCACGCCAGUGAUCCUGGUCGGAAACAAGGUGGACCUGGUGGAGUACAGCACGCUGGAGGCGGUCAUCCCCAUCAUGAAUGAGUUCGCGGAGAUCGAGACCUGUGUGGAGUGCUCGGCGCGCACCCUGAAGAACAUCUCGGAGAUGUUCUACUACGCCCAGAAGGCCAUUCUACACCCCACCGCGCCGCUGUUCAACACGGCGGAACGUAACCUGACGGAGGGCUGCAAGGCGGCCCUGGGACGCAUCUUCAAGAUCUGCGACAUGGACAACGACGGCCUGCUUAGCGACGACGAGCUGAACACGUUCCAGCGGCGCUGCUUCAACGCGCCGCUGCAGGCGCAGGGCCUGGAGGACGUCAAGGCAAUCGUUGUCAGCAACGUGCGCGACGGCGUGGUGGACGACUCGCUCACGCUGGACGGGUUCCUCUUCCUGCACUGUCUGUUCAUCCAGCGCGGCCGGCAUGAGACCACCUGGACCGUGCUGAGGAAGUUCGGCUACGGUGACGAUCUGACGCUCACCAAGGAGUACCUCUUCCCACCCCUGCGGAUCCCGCCGGGCUGCUCGACGGAGCUCACGCACAAGGGCUACCAGUUCCUGCAGACGCUGUUUGAGAAGUACGACGUGGACAAGGACGGCUGCCUGGACCCGGAGGAGCUGAUUCAGCUCUUCUCCACCUGCCCCUACAUACCCUGGGGCAAGCAGGUGUACAACACGGUGCCGACCGACCAGCGAGGCUACCUCACGCUGCAGGGGUACCUCUCGCAGUGGACGCUGUGGACGCUGCUGGGCGCCGGCCGCACGCUCGAGUUCCUCGGCCACCUCGGCUACAGCUACGUGAUGGAGGACCUGCAGUCGGCCGCCAUCCACGUGACCCGGGAGAAGCGGUUGGAUCUGCAGAAGAAGCAGACCUCUCGCACGGCCUACCAGUGUCACGUGAUUGGCCCCAAGGGUGCCGGCAAGACCACCUUCUGCCAGGGUCUGCUGAAUCGGAACGUCGAGACGGUGGAGACGCUGCUGGAGUCGGACCUCUCGAAGCAGACCGUCAGCCCGGUGCAGGUGUACGGCCAGGAGCGGUACCUGCUGCUGCGCGACAUCGACGUGCACACCAUCACCGACACCCUGCUGCCGUCCGAGGCCCAGUGCGACGUCGUCUGCCUCGUCUACGACGCCUCCGACCCGCACAGCUUCGAGUACAUCGGCGGCAUCUACCUGAAGUACUUCGCCGAGACGCCGGUGCCGUGUCUAGUGGUGGGCAACAAGUCUGACCGCGGCGAGGUGCGCCAGCAGUACAUCACGCAGCCGGGCGAGUUCUGCCGGCGCCACCGGCUGCCGCCGCCUCAGAGCGUCACGUGCACCGGCGCCGUGCGGCGGGACGUCUACCUCAAGCUGGCCACCAUGGCCGCCUACCCGCGGUUCUUGCCCGCGUGGAUGCUCUUCUCGCGGAGCGGAAGGCACCUGCGCAGCCUGGGGCUGCUUCCUCGCGACAACGGCGGCUGGCUGAAGCUCGGCGUCGGAUUGGCCGCCGUGGCGUGCGCCGGCUUCGUGUUGGUCCGCUACGCGCGCCACCUGCACCAAUGACGGGCGGCUACUGCUAGUGGCGUCCGUGUAGCGUAGGGCGGCCGUGCGCGGCCGAGUCGAGCCCGUGAGGCGCCGAGUGUCUGGUGGUGUGUGAGCAGCCUGGCCUGGGCCGGCUGCGGGCCGGCCAGCCGGCACAGAGCCGCCGGGCGGGCGAGGGUCCCGGCCGGACCGGCGACGCGCAGACGGUCGGCCGCCGCAGGAGGGCCCGCUGGCGCGCAGCUGCCCCCUGCAGGGUGUAAGGGUCGCUUGGGGAGCGGGGAAUGGCAGAAUUGUCCGGCAUGCAGCUAGGGGGACGUUGCGAGACCUCCGCCCUCUAGCUCGCGAUGAACUGCCGCGAGAAGGUGUCCUGGUACGUCACUCCGAACAAUUACAGUGAGGAGCGCUACCGCAGAGUUGUGGUUGGAGCACGUAGGACGGAGACCGCAGAGAGCAGAGUCCCGCCAUGACUCCGCCGUCACGCGGCAGAGUCCCGCCAUGACUCCGCCGUCACGCGGCAGAGUCCCGCCAUGACUCCGCCGUCACGCGGCAGAGUCCCGCCAUGACGAAUCUCGAGAAAAAACGCGGGAAGAAAUGGCGGGGGUUGUAUCACGCACGCGGCAUGCUAUCGCUUCGAGCUUGUUCCACGACUCCCGAGACCAGACCAGACCAGGCUAGACCAAACCAGACCAGACCAAACCGUGUUUAGGUAUGCUGUGCGGUAAUACAGACACGCACCCUCUCCUCUCCCCGCCGCGCGUGUCGUUGCGAUGUCAUAGUGACGUCACUUGUAGAUCCGCGGGAUGCGGCUGUCGCUCCGGUCGUGGCGGCGGCUCAGUGUGGUGUCGAGUGACGUCAUCGGACGCGCUCCGUGCUGCCACCGCAGCCCGGUGCAGUGGCGUCGUGGUUCACGUUCCGUGACGUCUAGGUCCGCACCGCGCGGCCAGUGGCGUGCGGUUAUGAGCGCCGCGUAGCUCCGGUCUCGCGCCACGCUGGGAGUGGGUCGGUGCGGGACGAACACGCCUCCUUUGUGGUAGCUGGCUGUCAGAGAGAGCUAGCCGGUCCAUAGGAAGACCUGGGGAGGAGGCAUGCGGAACGAACGCCCCUGCAGUUCGGAAGGAGGGGGGAGGGGGAGGGGGUCGCGGGCUUGUAGUUUGUGGCAAGGCGCGAGACAAGUGAUCGAGACAGAAUGUGUGUGGUCACGGCUUGAACUCAGACGGGGGAGCUGGACGCGGGCGGCGGUCCGGCAGACACUACCGUAGCGACUUGUGCGCGUCACUGUGACCCUCCUUGACGUCACUGGGAUCUGUUGCGCGGCAAGACUGGGCUGUUUUCCGGUACUGGAUUAUGUGUGUGGGGCUGCCGAAGUGCGGGACGUGGCGCAGGACUGACGGCCGUGAUGUACACCACAUGUUCCGCGACGGCGUUACCGGAAGCGGUGGCCUCACUUCAACAUGUCCCAUGUUCGAACGUAUGUCGGCGACGUCUCAAAAGUCUGCCUGGGUGCUGUGACUGCGUCGGCAGCCGUGGUCUUGGCGAUAUUUUCUGGCCGGGGUACUCCCUGACGUCACUGGUGAGUAUGGUGACCUCACGGGAGUGCUUUGUAUGUCGCCUGCGGCCUCAUGCAAAAAUAGUCGUAUCCGAACCCCCCCCCCCUGACUCGUGUUGUAGGGUGGCGUGUCGCGCACGGGACGUAAAUGCGUGCCCACGCGGCCCCAGCGCCGGCUGACCUCUGCCUGCGCCCUGCAGCCCUACCGUACUCGGGAUGAGGUCAUAGCGAGAGAAUGUGAAAACGGCUUCCCGCCCCGGCAUUAGCUGUACAUUUGCUCUCUGGCUUGUACUUAGGUGUGGCUGACGUGAUUUCGAAGACGUGGACUUUCGCUUAGCGGACGCCAGCGGGCUCUAGUGUUAUUUUGUCCACCUGAGCUAGGAAUAUAAAGUACAAAUGCUA